UGGGCACAAAAAGACCGGCAUGGGAGCAGCCUGUUUUGGGACAGCUGCUCUGAGACAAUGCAGUAAGCAAGGCAGAAAUUCCUCGGAGCAGAGGGUGACUCGUGGGAGGAGUUCAGUUUGCUAAGUAUUGUCAUUUGCUGAGAGUAGGUGUGUGCUCCAGAAGGAGUCUUAACCUGGAGGAUCAUUAACUCUUUCCGUCAGCUGGUAAGCUGCGGUGGCUCGGCAAGUUGGUCCCGGAGACUCCGGCUCAGGAAGGCCAGGGAGGAGGCGUGGAAUCACUUUUUCAUGGGGGACCACUUUGAGAAGGGCCAGCACGCUCUGCUCAAUGAAGGAGAAGAGAAUGAGAUGGAGAUAUUUGGCUACCGGACCCAGCGCUGCCGGAAAACCCUCUGUCUUGCUGGAUCCAUCUUCUCAUUUGGGAUUCUUCCCUUGGUGUUUUACUGGAGACCUGCUUGGCAUGUGUGGGCAAAUUGUGUCCCGUGUUCCCUGCAAGAGGCAGAUGUCGUGUUGCUGAGGACUACGGUGAGAUGCAUAAAAGUACAGAAAAUAAGAUAUGUUUGGAACAACUUAGAAGGACAGUUCCAGAAAAUUGGCUGUUUGGAAGAUUGGCUCAGCUCUGCCAAGAUACAUCUAAAAUUUGGAUCCGGUCUAACAAGAGAAGAACAAGAGAUUAGGAGGUUAAUCUGUGGGCCUAAUACUAUCGAUGUUGAAAUCACACCAAUUUGGAAACUACUCAUCAAGGAGGUUUUAAAUCCAUUUUACAUAUUUCAACUCUUCAGUGUCUGUUUGUGGUUUAGUGAAGAUUAUAAGGAAUAUGCUUUUGCCAUCAUAAUCAUGUCCAUCAUAUCCAUAGCCUUGACAGUAUAUGAUCUCAGAGAGCAAUCUGUAAAGCUCCACCGUCUAGUUGAGUCACAUAAUAGCAUUACAGUCUCUGUAUGGGGGAAAAAAGCUGGAGUCCAAGAGCUGGAAUCACGCUUCCUGGUACCUGGAGAUCUAUUAGUUUUGACGGGGAACAAAGUGCAAAUGCCAUGCGAUGCCAUCCUGAUUGACGGCAGCUGUGUGGUAGAUGAGGGCAUGCUGACAGGAGAAAGUAUUCCAGUGACUAAAACUCCAUUACCCAAGACGGAGAGCUCUGAGCCCUGGAAAACACAGAGUGAAGCAGACUAUAAGCGACAUGUCCUCUUCUGUGGGACGGAGAUCGUCCAAGCCAAGGGAGCCUGUUCUGGGACCGUGAGAGCUGUGGUGCUGCAGACUGGAUUCAACACUGCAAAAGGGGACCUCGUGAGAUCCAUUCUCUACCCGAAGCCAAUGAAUUUUAAGCUCUACAGGGACGCCAUCAUGUUCCUCCUGUGCCUUGUAGGGACAGCAACCAUCGGGAUGGUCUAUACUUCGUGCGUCUAUGUUCUCAGCGGGGAACCUCCCGAGGAGGUGGUGAAGAAAGCCCUUGAUGUCAUCACGAUUGCGGUUCCUCCUGCCCUACCCGCGGCUCUGACCACGGGCAUUAUCUAUGCCCAGAGGAGGCUGAAGAAGAGAGGCAUCUUUUGCCUCAGCCCCCAGAGGAUCAACGUAUGUGGACAAUUAAACCUUGUCUGCUUUGACAAGACAGGCACCUUAACAAGGGAUGGUUUGGAUCUCUGGGGAGUCGUGCCCUGUGAUAGAAGUGGCUUCCAGGAAAUCCACAGCUUGGCCUCGGGCAGGGCUUUGCCAUGGGGCCCGCUCUGUGCGGCCAUGGCCAGCUGCCACUCUCUGAUUCUUCUCGAUGGGACCAUCCAGGGAGAUCCUCUGGAUCUCAAGAUGUUUGAAUCCACCACUUGGGAGAUGGCUGUUUCUGGGGACGAUUUCCACAUCAAAGGAGUGCCAGCACAUGCCAUGGUAGUUAAACCCUGCAAAACAGCCAGCCAGGUCCCAGUGGAAGGAAUUGCAAUCCUGCAUCAGUUCCCAUUCUCAUCAGCACUGCAGAGGAUGACAGUCAUUGCCCAAGAGAUGGGGGGUGAUCGGCUGGCAUUCAUGAAAGGUGCACCAGAAAGGGUGGCCAGCUUUUGCCAACCCGAGACAGUACCAGCUAGUUUCGUUAGCGAACUUCAGAGUUAUACAACACAGGGCUUCCGGGUUAUAGCACUGGCCUACAAGAAGCUAGAAAUGGAUCAUCACAGCACUGCCUUGACAAGGGACACAGUAGAAUCAGACCUGAUAUUUCUGGGAUUGCUCAUCUUGGAGAAUCGGUUGAAGGAUGAGACAAAACCCGUUCUGGAAGAGCUCAUCUCAGCCCGGAUAAGGACUGUAAUGGUCACAGGUGACAAUCUUCAGACUGCAAUAACAGUGGCCAGAAAGUCUGGAAUGGUUUCUGAAAGCCAAAAAGUCAUUCUCAUUGAAGCAAAUGAAACCACUGGGUCCUCAUCAGCAUCUAUAACUUGGAAAUUGGUAGAAGACAAGAAACACAUUGCAUACAGUAAUCAGGAUAAUUACAUUAAUAUCAGGGAAGAAGUCUCUGAUAAUGGCAGAGAAGGAAGUUACCAUUUUGCCUUAAGUGGAAAAUCCUUUCAGGUUAUAAGUCAACAUUUCAGCAGCCUACUGCCAAAGAUACUGAUCAAUGGGACCAUCUUUGCAAGAAUGUCUCCCGGGCAGAAAUCCAGUCUGGUGGAAGAAUUUCAGAAACUGGAUUACUUUGUAGGUAUGUGUGGUGACGGGGCCAAUGACUGUGGGGCUUUGAAAAUGGCUCACGUGGGCAUCUCUUUAUCAGAGCAGGAGGCAUCUGUGGCCUCACCUUUCACUUCAAAAACUCCAAACAUUGAGUGUGUACCUCACCUUAUCAAGGAAGGACGUGCAGCUCUGGUCACCUCGUUUUGCAUGUUUAAGUACAUGGCUCUGUACAGCAUGAUUCAGUAUGUUGGUGUUCUGCUGCUCUACUGGGAGACAAGCAGCCUUUCAAAUUACCAGUUUCUGUUCCAGGAUCUGGCCAUUACAACUCUUAUUGGCAUAACAAUGAACUUGAAUGGUGCCUACCCGAAGCUGGUGCCUUUCAGGCCUGCAGGACGGCUGAUCUCCCCACCUCUGCUGCUCUCUGUGAUUUUCAACAUUCUUCUCAGCCUGGCUAUGCACAUUGUGGGCUUCAUUCUGGUUCAGAGGCAGCCUUGGUAUUCCAUGGAGAUGCACAGUGUCUGCACACUGCAAAAUGAAAACAUCUCAACAUUAAUCAUUUCUCCAACUGCUCCAGAAAAAAUUGGAAGUAAUGGUGCCUUCACAAGCUUUGAGAACACUACCAUAUGGUUCUUGGGAACAAUCAACUGUAUCAUUGUGGCUCUUAUUUUCUCUAAAGGAAAACCAUUUAGGCAGCCCAUCUAUACAAACUAUAUAUUUGUCCUUGUGCUGGUCAUACAGCUGAGUGUGUGUCUAUUCAUUCUAUUUGCUGAUAUUCCAGAAUUAUAUAGGCGUUUGGAUCUGACCUGCACCCCUGUUAUGUGGAGGCUUUACCUCAUCAUUAUGCUCGGUUCCAAUUUCAUCGUGUCCCUUGUUGUGGAGGAGGCCAUCAUUGAAAAUCGAGCCCUGUGGGUGACCUUCAAAAGGUGUUUUGGCUAUCAGUCAAAAAGUCAGUAUCGGAUAUGGCAGAGAGCCUUGGCAAAUGACCCUAGUUGGCCACUGCUAAACCAAACAUCCUACUCUGACAUGCCAGGAUGUGGAGGGGGAGUGUCUUACAGCAAUCCGGUGUUUGAGAGCAAUGAAGAACAACUCUGAAGCCAGUGUGAUAUCCAAGUUAACAAAACAUAGAAACAAUGAUAAAAGAAACCAGUUUCAGUGAUUUUCAAGGAAUGAGACUCUUCUAAAAUCAGCUGGAGUUUUUGGAAUCAAAAACCUAUCCGAUCAUGGUGGCAAAUUAAAAUCUACUUGAUAAAAUACUCUCUACAGAGCAGAACACUGCCCCAGAAGAGUGUUUUCCUCUUGGCUUCUGAAAAUAGUUAGGGUGUUUAGUGAAUCAAGAAUGGGCCAAGGACUGCAAUUGGCCAAGAGAUUGGGAGGCUCACAGACAAGGAGAAUAUAUAAUCUUUCCUCUUAGAUAACGUGUUUUUUAAAUGCGUUGAGAGAAAGUAGUACUAUGGGUAGUCAUAGAAUUGUAACAUGUGAAAGAUCACUUUUGAGUUCAUAUUUCAUUGAUGAAAAACAAAUGCAUGGGAGCCAUCACACCAAUCUUCACUGUCCAGUUUCCUUUCCUUUGUAGUACUUUCAGAGUUGAGACAAUGCCUGCUGCCUCUGGCCUUCCCCUACGUAGUAGUAAGGAUGGGCUAAGCUGAUGCUGCAAUUACAAACAACUCCCUUGUCUCAGUGGCUUAACACACAAGAGCUUCUUUCGUUGUCCAGGUGACUCUGUAGACUAGCUUUCUUCACAGCACUGACUGCUUCAAUGUGUUGGCCCCAGCGACUGAAAAUAAGGACUCCAUGUUCACUGUGAUGCGAAGGAAGAAUCGGGACAUCACGUAAUGGCUUUCCACAGCCUCACCCCAAAAGCGGAUGCAUUUCUUCCACUACUUACAUCUCAUUCAUCAGAGAACUGGCAAAGAAGCUGGGAAGUACAGCCACCUGUGUUUAGGGCUGGUUUCAUGGGCGUAUGACCUGUGCAGUCACCUAGGGCCCCAUGCUUAGAAGGGCCCCACCCUUAUUUUAAUGCUUUGCUGUUGCCAUCUUGAAAUCCCUAACUUUGAAAUUCCCACAUUUUCAUUUCGGAUUCAGCCCCACAAAUGAUGUAGUUGGUCCAGCGUGUGUUCCUAGGAAAGAAAGGAAAGUAAUACAUAUCAAAAAGCACAGGCACUGUCCUCUGAGCUCUGCGUGCCCUGCCCUGUGAAGAUCUCCUACGUUUUAGGAACUCCACAUCUCACAUACCCAACUUCAGGUAUCUCCGCUACUCUGCUCUAUUAUUUUUGAGAAAAUUGGUCUUGUUCUACAUUAUAUGUUAUCGUUGACAUAAGUCUUUACACAAUCUACACAUUUCUUAAAUCUGAGGCUUCAAUUUUCCAAAAACAAAAAUUGCCCUUAUUUUUAUCACUAUUACAAUUUUGUUAUAUCGGAUUCAUUUAGAAUAGAAAGCACCGAGGUUUCUGUUAGCUCAGCAGACAACUCUGAGUUCUAGGACAAUACCCACAAAUAGUAUUUUAAAGUGAAAGCAAAACUUUCAUUACAAACAUCAAAUCCUUAGUGAAUGUUCCGGGCAGAGGGUGGGUCCCAGGCUGGCUUUGCUACUUCUUGAUAGCAUAUGCAAGCGUCCCCUUCCCUGGCUGAAUUCCUGAGGAUGGUUGGAGGCUCUAUGGCUAUAGAUAAUACUGGGAACAUGAUUUUUCUCAGCCAUGAAUGUACCUUGCUGCUUCUGGUUUUAAAAUAAGGUGUGAGGAAUCAUUUAAAUAAGCUGCAGAAGAAUCAUUGUCUUCCUUGGUACAGAAAGAAAUAUUUCCUUUUACAAAGUUAGCCUCAGCAGUGAUAUGGUAGUUCCAAAUGUCUUUUUCUAAGACUCAUUGUUUACUCAUUUUUCAGGAGUGGAGGGUUGUGGACAGGGCAAGCCAGAGAGGGUCUACAACCUGGUGACAGGCAAGAGCGGCACGUGCAUUCACACCUAGAAGAGUUCCUUACCAGGGGCUGUCACCUCCACUAGCUAUUUGAAUUGCAUGAUUCUUUCUGGCCUCAGGCAAGGAAGGACUUAUCAUCUACUUUUACAAGUGAGAAAACUGAGAUUCAGAGUAAGGCAAGCAGACCCAGGCCUUAGACACAGAUCUUCUGAGCAAAGCUUCUGUUGUUUCCAAAUACCUCCUAAUUACAAAGCUCCAGCAGGGCAGGGUGUUUGGGGUGAUCUCAUAGUCAAACAAAGAAUGAGUUUCUUAUUUGCCAGGUGGAAGGAGGCAACACUUUGCUAAUACCAGGGCCUAAUGUUCAAAUGAAUGCCAGGCAUCCUGCCAGGCUUGGGCUAGAGGUAUGUUCAAAACAAAACCAAACCAAAACCCGUUAAGUAUCUGUCUGAGACUCUGAGUUGCUCUUGACUUGGUCAUAAGUGAUUCAAACACUGAGGAUUGAAUCUAAAAUCUUUGUCAAAAGGGACUUAUCCUGAAGACUGUACUUGAAAUUAACUAUAACUUAGAGGUAGUGAGAAAAUUCUUAACUUGGAAAAGCAGGGUUGGCGGGGUAUUGUCAAGGGAUGUUAAGAGUUGUUUUCAAAUACUUGAAGGGUUUCCGUGGGAGACAAGACUCCCACCUGUGCCAGGUGGCAUGAUCAGUGGGUAAAGGGCUUGGUGGGAAUGGCUUCAGGCUGACACAAAGACCACUGUCCCAACAGCACAAAUAGAAGUGGAAUCUGGUGACAUCAUGAAGUGUGUGCUCUGUGACACUGGAAGUGCAAGUGGAUAUUCAAAGACCAAUUAGAGAUAGAAGUCAAGAAUCAGAUGGAAUUCAAUUACCAGCAAGAUCCCAUUCAGGCUUGAUAUGCACAUGUCUCAGUUUUAUGCUAUGAUGUGAACUAUUCAUUGUCACUGCCCACAUAGAAUAUCAGACUGCCUAUUGUGGGGAGAUGAGCUGGGGAGGACAGGAUCCCAGGCCUGUGGGGCCCGCAGUGCGGACAAAUGGGCUUGACUGCUCUGUGCCUUGGAAGGUGGCUUUUGAUGGAGCUAAGAUUCUCAAAAAUAGGUGCCCACUGAUGGGUCUUGACUGCCAAACUGACAGCUGGGGAAUACUUCUGAUGUAUGCAUUUUCAUAGAAAGAAAAGUUUGAAAAUUUCAGUAAAAGACUGUGGGAGAGUACCCCAAACCUGGGGGCAGAGCUACUUGCACCCAAUACGCUUAUCUGACCAGGACUUGGAGGAGAAAAGGACACUCAUCUGAUCCAAUUCAUUUAAGAGGUUCACCAUAUGUUCACGCCAAGGUACACAGCUCUGACCCACAGAGAGGAAGCCUGGCUCUGGGCUCUUCUCUCUAAACAAGUAAUGAUCUGAGAACGGAAAUACAUCUGUGCCAUCUGUGUCCUUAUGAGCUCAUACAAGUGUGCGUGUACACACUUGCAAAUGUGAUGACUGGGAAAGUGAUUAUUUAUUCAGAACCUUGUAUUUAGUUUAUACUGUAAUAAAUUAUUCUUUACAAAAGA